AUGGUCAGCAUCAGCGGCAACAGAGCAACGCCCCUUGUCAUGGUGAACAACACACCGGUCCCAGUGACCGAACCGGCCGACGCCGAGACUGACCAGGAUGCAGAAGCCGACGAGGACGGCGACGACGAUGGAGACGACGACUCCUCUUCCUCGGCCCCUUCUCCCAUGUCUCCUGCACCACAACCGCCUCCACAAGCACCGCUGCCCCCACAGCCUGUCACGGCACCAGCCCCGGCUCGCUCUCGGAACACGACGGCAUCGACCGCCGCUCGUUCACGGGCCCGUGCAGCUGCAGCUGCCGCGAUCCCAAAGUCCGACAACUCCUCCAAGCCCUACCACUGCGACGUAUGCAGCAAGCAGUUUGCUCGCCGCGGCACGCUACGCAUCCACAAGAGCACUCACUCCGGAGAGAAACCAUUCCACUGUGACAUUUGCUCGAAACACUUCGGACAGAAGCAUCACCUGAAAACACACAGACGAACUCACACCGGCGAGAAGCCGUUCCAGUGUGUCAUCUGCAGCAAGCAGUUUGCUCGCAGUGACACACUGCUCAGGCACAAACGCAUGCAUAAGACUAGCGACAACUGA